AUGGACCGUGGACGUUCAACGGUCUUGGCGCGCGUAGCAGUAAAAGUAGCGACCGGCUUCCCGAAUCACAAGUUUCCUGAGCAGGGAUCAACCAUGGAGAUCGCGCACCUCGCGUACGUGCUCCUCUUCCUCUUCGCCGCCGUCGUACUUUAUGUCCAGCGCCGCCGAGUUUCUCCGUCGACGAAGCCAAGAACGGCGUACUGUCCUCACCCGAACCCCGUUCUGGGCAACACCGUGGAGUUCAUCCGCAACCGCGGGAGGUUCUUCGACUGGUACGCCGACAUGCUGCGCGCGUCGCCGUCCAACACCAUCGAGGCGUGGGGGGCCUUGGGCGCCAGCCACGCCGUGACCACCGCCGACCCGGCCGCCGUCGACCACCUGCUGCGCGCAAGCUUCGCCAACUACAACCGUGGCGCGCAAUUCCGCGCGGCGCAGUCCGACCUCAUCGGCGACGGCCUCUUCGGCGCCGAUGGCCGCCUCUGGAGCCUCCAGCGCAAGCUGGCGUCAUACGCUUUCUCCUCCCGCUCGCUACGGCGUUUCAGCGAAGACGUCCUCGCCGUUCACCUCGGCCGUCGCUUCCUGCCGUUCCUCGAUGCCGCCGCGGGGUCCGGCGAGGUCGUCGACCUGCAGGAGGCGCUGCGUCGGUUCGCGUUUGACAACAUCUGCUACGUCGCCUUCGGCGUCGAGAGCUCCACGCUCCUCGAGUGGGGUGACCCCCGGCACCAGGCGCUCUUCGCGGCGUUCGAUACGGCCGUCGAGAUCUCCUUCAUGAGGACGUUGACGGCGCCCACACCGGUGCGGAAGCUCACGAAGCUUCUCAACAUCGGCAAGUCGCGCCGGCUCCGAGAAGCCGUCGGCGUCAUAGACGACCACGCCAUGUCCGUCAUCGAAGCCAAGGAGGUGAGCCAGAGAAACAGCCGCGAUGAGGGCGAUCCGGACCUGCUCUCCCGGUUCAUGGCGGCCAUGGACGAGGAGGACGGCGGCGGUGAACUCGCCGCCAUGUUCCCCACGCCGGAGGCCAAACGCCGAUUCCUGCGGGACGUGGUCGUCAGCUUCGUUCUCGCCGGCAAGGACACGACGACCUCGGCCCUGACGUGGUUCUUCUGGCUCCUCGCCGCGAACCCGCGGUGCGAGCGGCGCGUCCACGACGAGGUGUCGCGGUCGCCGGACGGCAACGUGAAAGGCAUGCACUACCUGCACGCCGCGAUCACCGAGGCGAUGCGCCUGUACCCGCCGGUUCCCUUCAACGGGCGGGUAGCCGUCGCCGAGGACGUCCUCCCGGACGGCACGGCGGUGCGCGCCGGCUGGUACGCCAACUACUCGGCGUACGCGAUGGGGCGGAUGGAGAAGCUGUGGGGCGAGAACUUCCUGGAGUUCGCGCCGGAGCGCUGGCUCGGUGACAGCGGCGAGUUCGCGCCAGUGGACGCGGCGCGUUAUCCGGUGUUCCACGCCGGGCCGCGUGCGUGUCUCGGGAAGGAGAUGGCCUACAUGCAGAUGAAGACGGUCGCGUCAGCCGUCCUUCGGAGGUUCAGGUUGGACGUGGUGGCACCGACGGCCAGUAUGGAGUCGCCGCCGGCGUACGAGAUGACCGGCACGAUGAAGAUUAAAGGCGGGCUUCAAGUGCAGCUCCGGAUGAGUGAUGCUAACAAGUCUUCGUUGGCCACGUCGGGAUCUGGACAAGAAGUGGACUAA